AUGUCAGCAAAGAAGAAAGAUCUUUUGUCAUCGGCCAUGAAGAGAACCAGCGAAUGGAUUUCAUCUCAGGAAGUCUCUAGUGAUGUCACAGUUCAUGUAGGAGAAGCUUCGUUUUCACUGCACAAGUUUCCACUCUUGUCAAAAUGUGGGCUUAUCAAAAAACUUGUGUCCGAAUCAAACAAAGAUUCAGAAGCAACUGUCAUCAAAAUCUCAGACAUCCCUGGAGGCUCCGAAUCAUUCGAGCUAGCGGCUAAGUUCUGCUACGGCAUCAACUUCGACAUGAGCACAGACAACAUCGCCAUGCUUCGAUGUGCAGCAGAGUAUCUAGAGAUGACAGAGGAACACUCUAUAGAAAACCUCGUCGUGAGAACCGAGACUUACCUGAACGAAGUAGCUCUCAAGAGCUUAUCGAGCUCGAUCACAGUCUUGCACAAAACAGAGGAACUCUCGCCCGUUGCUGAAAGAGUGAAACUUGUGAGCCGUUGCAUCGACGCAAUCGCUUACAUGACUUGCCAAGAGAGCCACUUUUGCAGCCCUUCUCCUUCUUCGAGUAAUAACAAUGAGGUUGUGGCUCAUCAGCAACAGAGCAAGCAACCUGUGGUUGACUGGUGGGCUGAAGACUUAACCGUUCUUAGGAUCGAUUCGUUUCAACGUGUACUCAUCGCUAUGAUGGCCAGAGGGUUUAAGCAGUAUGGUCUUGGUCCUGUGCUUAUGCUCUAUGCUCAGAAAUCUCUUCGAGGCUUGGAGAUUUUCGGGAAGGGAAUGAAGAAGAUUGAGCCGAAGCAAGAACACGAGAAAAGAGUGAUUCUUGAAACGAUCGUAAGCCUUCUUCCUCGGGAGAAGAACGCAAUGUCGGUUAGCUUUCUGUCGAUGCUUCUAAGAGCAGCGAUAUACCUAGAGACAACGGUUGCGUGUAGGCUUGACUUGGAGAAGAGGAUGGGAUUGCAACUGGCUCAGGCCGUUCUUGACGAUCUCUUGAUUCCUUCUUAUUCGUUCACUGGAGAGCACUCCAUGUUUGAUACCGACACUGUUCAGCGCAUUCUCAUGAACUAUCUUGAGUUUGAAGUGGAAGGAGUCAGGUUAAGUAAUAGUGGUGUUGAUCUUGCUGGUGAUAUGGAACGUGUUGGUAAACUGAUGGAGAAUUAUUUGGCUGAGAUUGCUUCGGAUAGAAAUGUGAGCUUGCUGAAGUUCAACGGUUUAGCUGAGCUUAUUCCUGAACAGUCUAGAGUUACUGAAGAUGGCAUGUAUCGAGCCGUCGAUAUCUACUUGAAGGCGCAUCCGAAUAUGAGUGACGUGGAGAGGAAGAAAGUAUGCAGCUUGAUGGAUUGUCAGAAACUAUCACGAGAAGCAUGCGCUCACGCAGCUCAGAACGAUCGUCUUCCCGUUCAGACCAUUGUUCAAGUCCUUUACUACGAGCAACAACGUCUACGCGGUGAAGUCACUAACGAUUCAGACUCACCAGCCCCACCGCCACCACAACCAGCAGCAGCUGUUCUUUCUCCCAAACUAAGCUCCUACAACGACGAACUUUCCAAGCUAAAACGCGAAAACCAGGACUUGAAGCUCGAGCUUCUCAAAAUGAAAAUGAAGCUUAAAGAGUUUGAGAAAGAUAGUGAGAAGAAAACAUCAACAACACCCAUGAGCAGCAAUCCCAGUUCUCCAAUCUCAUCUGCUUCCAUGGAUAAGCCUCCAUUGCCGAAAAAGUCAUUCAUAAACUCUGUUUCAAGAAAACUCGGAAAGCUAAACCCUUUUGGCAUCCCUCCAUACAACGCUAGAGGCAAAACCAAACCACCCAAAGAUCGGAGACACUCUAUUUCUUGA